CAAACUACGUAUUUUAAGUCAACGUUAGGUGGUGAAAAUGUAUAGUUGUUAUUUUAAUAAUAUAACCAUUGCGUUGCCUGUAAAUGUAAAAGCGUAAUUUUUCAGACCACAUCAUUUCCGUCGUGUUUUCAGAGGGACACAUUUGCAGGGUGGCGCAUCACAUCUGGAGGGGGGGAGCUUUGCAGCAUCAGUCAAGAGUAUCCCACCAUCAAUAUCUUCGCGUAUUAGUAGUUUAUCUGUGGAAAAUUCCACCUGACAUUUUUUUCUGAUGUGUGAUUCUCAGUUCCACUCCGGAUUCUAACGUCUUCUGAUAACAACGGAAGAAGUGUUGCGCCCACAUGGGAAGCGUUCUGGCUUUGUCUUCUGGUCCAGGCCAUCAUAACUGGCCUUUUUCCACGGACCCCCCUCCUUCUCGCUGGAAUGCACAUCCUGCUCACUGGGACAGUCCACCACGCUGGGAAAGGAGAGAUGGCCGCCUACCCAACCCAGGCAGCUUUCACUCUCUCCACAGGAGCUGCAAAGAUGUGUUUCCUCAACAGAUUGAGGGAGUCAAGAUGAUCCUCAAUAAAACUCUGAGCAGCUUCUUCAAGGUCAGUCAUACUCUCCACCUCAGUGCUGUUAGUCCUUCGUACUAUCGUUUCCACGUGGAGCAUCUGCAGUCUGAUGAUUACAGCAAGGACAAGGAUGCUCCAGCAUUGAUCGGAGAGAUGGACUCUUCAGGCAGUCUGAAUGCUCAUGCUCUGCUGCAUGUCACUGAGCGCGUACGAGCCAGAACAGUUUUCCAGACACAGCAGUCCCAGUUUGUAACGUGGCAGUUUGAAACUGAGUACAGAGGGAAUGACUUCACUGCCGCUGUAACAGUAGCCAAUCCAGACGUCCUCAGAGAGUCAGUUAUUCUUGUGGCACACUUCCUGCAGAGUGUGUCUUCUGGGCUGGUUUUAGGUGGGGAGCUGGUCUACCAUAGGGGUCGAGCAGAGGAAGGAGGAAUUCUUACUCUGGCUGGACAGUACUCAAGACCCAACUGGGUAGCGACGCUGAAUGCUGGCAAAGGAGGUGCCCAUGCUAGUUACUAUCACAGAGCCAACAAACAGAUCCAAGUCGGGGUGGAGUUUGAAGCCAGUACCAGGACACAGGAGACCACAACCUCCUUUGGGUACCAGAUGGAACUCCCAGAGGCCAACAUGGUCUUUCGAGGUAUGAUAAACAGUCGGUGCAUAAUAGGAGGUGUGUUGGAGAAGCGUCUGACCCCGCUCCCUGCCACCCUGAUUAUGGGUGCCUUUGUAAAUCACAGAGGUGACAAGCUGCAAGUGGGCCUAGGCAUCAACGUGGGAUAAUCCGCCACUAACCCCUGCUUGAGUUACAGCUCGCUGUCAGGACAUCCAUCAAGAGACCUGUUUCAGGGGCUUCUUAAUGAACCCAUCUUCCAAGGUAAAACACUUGAACCACCUAAGUAUUGUGGAUUGUUUGCGUGUUGAAGCUCAGAAUUGAAGCUUGCAACCUACCUUUCAAAAUGGACGUGAUGUUUUCUGAUUGGAUUAUACAGGAAAAAAGGAUGAACAUUUUGAGGGGCUCAAAAACUGUGACUGGAGUUGUGUUACUGUUCCCCUGAAACCAAACUGCACAUCACCUUCUGGACAACGGAAACAGAAAGGAUGAGGGACAAACUACUGUAAACUGAAAAUAACUAAAAGUUUUAUACUGUAAAGAAAUGUAAUGUAUGAAGAUUAUAUUGAAAGAUAAUUGUGUUUUUUAUUUUUUAGCCCAUUAACUAUAAUUCUUGUAUACCUGACCUUUCUGCUGACCAUUUUCUAAAAAAACCCAUAAACUUCUAGAAACAGGAAACCUGUUUUGGAUAGGUAAUACAAAUUACCAGAUUCACUUUCAUUUCAUUCUUUUCUCAAUGUCCAUGUUGGCUAACUGUUUGUUUCUAACCUUAACUCUAGUCUUGCAUUGCCAGACCCAUCUCCACAGGGCUGUGUUAGCACUGGAGUAUGGUCUGGCUACACCGCUUAUCUACUCUGAAAUAAGGGAAAAAGCUCUGGCUUGUUUGUAUUUCUUUAAACCAAUCACAACCGUCCUGGGUGGCGCUAAGCCCCGGCUGCAUCAACUGUGCCCUUGCAAAGUAGAUAGCGGAGAUAGCGGAAGGGGAGGAAUGUCAGACUUUAUCCCAGCACUGUAUAUCUGUUGAGCCAGACUAUCCUAACCCUAAUGCCUAGAGGAUCAAUCUAAAAACAAAGUGGUCGGCAGAGAGAAAAUGGUGUAAAAUCAUGCUAAAACACCAGUGUGAUCCUUAAAACUGUGUGUAUGAGUAAGUAAUUGUGUGUUUGACUGUGUGCACAUCUAUUUUUGCCAGCAUAUAAAACUAUGUGAGAAACCACACAUGAACAGUCGGUUGACUGAGAAAAGGUGUUGCUCCGUAUAUACUAACCUCCAAGCUGAGGGAUGUGAGAGUGGCUAUGCACUGACUCUGCUGAGCCAGGACUGUACUGUAUGUAUAUACAUUAAGACAUUUGGAAACACUGACCUGAAUGAAACCUGCACUACUCAUGCUGCUUCUGGGCAUUUCCAGUCCUGUUUAACAUAUGACAUGUUGCAUAUUAUUUAUACAUUAUGUAAUAUAAGCAUAGAGAGAAGUGGAAGGGAGUUACUCUCUUUUGGACUUAAUUUAUUAAAGAUGUUAUUUCUAUCAUAGUUAUUUUUUUCUUCCGCAUUAAUAUGUAAUACAUUGCCAUUCUGUAGAUAUAGCGAGACUGUGUUUUAAAGUGCCACAUCAUUUUUUGUAUUUACUAUGGAUGAAAUGUCUACAUGUAAUUAUAUGAAAGUGGUCAUUCAUAGUGACAAACCAACAUACAAAAUGACCUCUGAACUUACCUUCAGCACCAAGGGGCCUUUUAGCCCCCUUUUAGCUCAUAGUUUUGGUUUGAUGUACAUAGUUUAGCAUCUAGAAAGCUAAAGAGCCAGAUAUUUUUCUCAGGAAUUGUUAGAGGCCAAAAACAAAGCUAAAGUAGAGUGAAUAUUGGACGUUUAUUGGGUGUCCAGAAGCACCAGAGACUCCAAAUGAAUGUAAAUGUUGUACGUUAUAAGACCUUAAUAUGUCUGUUUUGUGUUCAGUUUGGCUUGCUGUGCCUCAAGGUGUAUUCAGACAGAAAGCUAAGUACAUUUUUUGCCUUUGAUCGCUGGAUAGUUUUUGUUGCAAAAUGUUCUUUGCAUUCUAUCUGAACUCACAGUCAAGAGAGGCCAAGAAAAAAAAGUCCAUCUUUAAGGUACUGUGGUGACUUCAACCAACAGAUUAUAAAACACCCAAUAGAGACUCUAGUGGCUUUGAAUUUUUUAUAUAAAAUCCUAAAUUCUGAAAUGACUGAUAUAAUGUACAUGCAUAUACAAAUAUAUUCAAAUAUGAGGUCUGUAAACAUUUCCCUUUUUGAUGCUGAUAACACAUUACAGUGUACAUUAUCUUGCAGCAGAAGCUCACAAUGGCAAAGAUAAAGGCUGAUACUCUGUUCAUUUAAA